AGUGGUCUGGGGGAGUCCUCGUCGCGUGCGGUGGUAGAGGGUCAAGGGGAGAGACGGCGCGAGAGUGUCGCGUCGAAGAGUCGGUGCACAACUCGACAUUUUACGUGCAGGCGCGGCGAGCGGCCGAAGCUACACUACCCCUGCGCCCCCCCGCCCUCGCUAAAGGUAGCCCAAUAGUAAAAUCAAUGAGGCGGCUAUCUUAACAACAACAACGAGGUGCACGAUGUCGAAAGCGUCCUCGUCCGCCACGGCCACCGUUACUGGCAGGGCCAUUUUCAAUGCAGAGAAACAAAAUGUCCACCGAAACCACGGCGGCGCUGGCUCAUCUUCGACUUGGCUUCCCUCUGCUGCUGCUGCUGCUUCCUCUGCUGUUGCGUCUGCUGCUGCUGCUGCCGCUGCGGUUGACGCUAGCGGGAAGCCCGCGGACAAACAGAAACAACAAGAGAGGUUCCUUUCACUUCCCUCCCUCACCCGGUUCCAGAUUCCCAAGAAGUCCAAGGAAAGGAACGGAGGGUUGUUACGUCCGGUGUCUACCACCUCCAGGGAAUUCAACCGUGAGAUUUUGCCUGUCAUCCAAAAGGCCUAUCUUUACCCGGACUCCAUGAGAUAUUUUAAAUAUACCGACGUUUGGCUUGUACAGAACAAAAAGCUUCUAGUAGAGUUCAACGAGUGGCGCAAAGACAUGCGAAGAGAGGGCCGCUUGGAGAAAGAACUCGACGAAUCCUAUGGCUUCUUCCUUGCAGACUCCGAACGAUCGGCAAAGGAAGCAUGCCAAAAUGGACUGUGCGUUGGAAACGUGAAGACUGGCUGUUUGGGCACACCCAAAAUGGGAGUGUAUCUGUGCAGCUUCUCGGAUGUCCUCCAGCCAAUGCAGCUGCCUAUCGGUACAGGUGUGAUGCUCAUCUUCAAAAUUUGCAAGGGGAGAGUGCAGACGCUGGAGCGACCCAGUAACCCGUCGUCGCAGUUCGACUGCCACGUGUCUAAGAAGCUGGCCUUUGUGAACUCCUCUUCCAACAACGACUGCUUUGUUCACAAACAUUCACAGUGCUACCUGUUUGAGUUUGGAGAGUUGGACAUCUGUCGUCGACCGCGCCAGGUCUGCCCGUAUGCCAUGGUGGCCUUCUCCUACGAAGGAGACGGCAUAUCCGUUCCUCUCAGGGACAAAAGCCGACCCCCUGUCCAGAACACAGCUAAGGUCACACCGAAACGACAUUACAUUGUGUGGGAAGGCCAGCUGAUGAACAAGGGACAGAACCUCGGACAAGUCACCCUCAAGUCGAUGCAGCUCUCCGUGCUGCCCAUCGCACUCCCGGGGAAGAUUGAGGUGGACAACACGGUGAGGAAUGAGCACGUGAUGAAAAUGCUGCCCCGUCGUGUCUUCAUGAAAUACCUCUACGCCAACAGCAAGGAAGUGAACGUGUACAAGUGGUACUGCUGCCUGUUUGAGAUGUCCAGCGCCUACGAGUACACCUCGCAGCCGCGGCUCGAAGCCCUGCAGGCGAAGCUGAAGAGGGAAGAGACGAUGCUGGUCAAGUUUCUGGAAGACGGAGGCUUUCUCUUGGUGUUCCCACCCGGAGUGAUAGUGAAUGAGAAAUCUCACGAUGUGGAGAGCAGUAACUUGAAGGCCAUGUUUGUCUUCAAGGAGCCAAGAAUCGUUGUUGGCAUCGGUGCUGCUACGUUCACAGACACCGGCGCGCCGGACACAACCGCGUCGGACACAACCGCGUCGGACACAACCGCACUGGACACAACCGCACCGGACACAACCGCACUCAAGACCCCGCUUGGACUCAAGUCGCUCCUCACCGCUCAGCACCAGCUGCAGGAGGAAGCACACUUCCACCACCAUUGGAAGGGCAAGCAGUCGCUGCCACUGGUGCCCAUGCCUUGCUCACGACUGCGCCACUGCUUCGAGCGGCUUCUGCGUUGCGAUCCGGCAUGGCCACCGCUGCCGUCGUCAUACCAGCCCGAGGAGGUGCCGCCAACGACGACGCACAAGAGGAGGGCAACCCGAGUGCCAGGCAAAGCGCUCCGCACCUACCUGGACAGGCCCGACAGCUUCAUGAUUGCCGUGCCAACCGAAGAUCAGAUGAUGGGCGCCAGCGGCGGGUGUGUCACGCGCCUUGGCCCGUGGGAGGCGGAAGACCCCGACCUGUCGUCCUUACGCCCCGCCAGAAAGAAGAGCCGGUUCGGCAUCGAGGCAAGGGACAACCUCGGGGAGGUGGCGAUGAAAUGGGAGAUGAACGACGGCAGUGGCGGCGGUGGUUUGGACAAUGACGAUGGCGAGGAUCUCGACAGGCUAGCGAUGUCGCCCACCGGAGAGAGGGACUGCGGGGAGAUGUUAAGACGGCGGUGCUCGGAGCAGGAGGGCGCAAGGAUGGGAGGGGACGCGGCCGAAUACAAGCAGACCGACAUCGAGCAGCUGUUGGCGCUGGUGCUCGCCAAGAAGAUGGUGGAGCAGAACAAGGACAACAUAGAUGUGGACGGAGUCCUCGGCUUGGCAGAGAAAGCUUUCGUUGACCACAACGGCCUCGAAAGGGGAGCGGAUCAGAACGCGUUGGAAGAGAGCCGUGUGAUCAGCUGGGAUGGAUGCUACGAUUUCGGUGGCGACUGGCCACACACACAGGACUCGUUGGAGCUGUGUGUGCUACGAGCAGUAUACGGGCCUUAUAAUCCAUCGCUGGACAAUGAGCUGAUGGACACCUGGAAGAUUCUGCUCGCUCGGGAAGUUCUGCAUGGAUGCAACGAUCCCCAGGACUCCGCCACCAAGGAACAAUGGAAGGACAUGGGCCUCGCCUACAGGAAGACCAUCGACCGAGACAUGAUCACUUGCAAUUUCAACAACAAGCAAUACUCCGCUGCCAUGGGCUUCCCGCCGACCCACGAACCCGUGGACGACCUGCCGGCUAGCAGCCCGGGCUGGAAGCUCGUGACUCUCACAGGGCUGAGGAAAAACUUUCUGCCUGAGAACUACGUCAACGAAUGUGACCCUCGCUAUUCUCACUGCAACGCCUCCACCAGGCUCCCUGAUCACGGCACAGGGGAGAAGGCAUUUGAUGACGGCCCGGUUGCUUGCGCUGAUUUCCUGCGUGAGAUUCCACUGCUCGAGGAGGAGGAGAGGAGGAGGUGCAGCGGUGGCAGUCGUGGGGGGCUCGCAGCCCUGCCGAGUGAGGGGCCGCAUUUCCCCCACAAUGCAGAGGGAGAUCUUUCGUUGCCCCGUAAACCCGAUGCCCCCAGUUUUCUACCGGCCUCCGAUGGAACCCCAACCGCCAACCUCGCUGACCUCCCUGCGCCGCAAACUCAAGAUGUCUUCGCCUCCAUGAGGCAGAUGGUCAGCAAUUUGUGGAGUGGCGGCGUCGAUAGCGGUGUCAAUGGUGACACCCGUGGUGGUGUUGGUGAUGGCGACUCCAAUGAGAGCGAGGGCUUUGAUGAUAACCCGGACGGUCAAGUACACAGCAAGCGGCUGCUCGGGAAAUGUGUGAAACACAUCAAGUCCUCUGUCACGAAAUCAAGCGUGUCUUCAGCGUCCACCUCUGAUUCCGAUGACUGUGCCGACUUUUUCCCGCGUUUUCCAUCGCUGUUGAAGUCAGCUCCCGGGCAUCCGAUUUUACCACGCGGCCCGUUUUGCGGCUGGAUUGAACUUAAGGAGCCGGUGUUGUCCCUCGUACGCUCGAUGGAUGAGAUCGCCGGCGUGGCAGAGCCGUCCAUACCACCGCUGGACCUGCUGGACAGGUGGCAGCAGCAGCAGUGUCGCCCUGGGGAGGUCAAGGGUCGACUCGGGCAGUCGCGGCGCUUCAAGAAGCUGCAUUCUGUGGACGAGGUCGCCGACGACUGCGCCACUAUGCUUGCGCGGGAGAUGGACGGCUUGUGCCGCUCAGCGGGCUGGGAUCUGCGGUCGCCAGCUGAGGGUCGGCACGCGGUGCACGUGCCGCCGGCAGAUGGAGUCGGCACCAACGCCGACACCUUGAUCUACCAAAUGCGGGAGCAGCUCAAGUCGGAGUCGCUCGCCAGCAAGAUCUGCAGCUACCUGAAGCGUGUGCAGAAGCAUAACCGGCUGCACGCAACUGCUGGUGAUGAGCAAGGUGAAGAAGAUGAGGAGUCAAACCACAGGACGUCGACGACGGCCGCUGUGCGGUCGUACGAGAGGGUAUCGCUUGACGACUCUUACUUCGACAGAUGCGAUCGCCGCCGGGAUUGUGGAAUCCAGCAAGAGGCGGCAGUGGUGACGAUGGCGGUUGCCGUUCAGGAUUUCCAAGCCGGCUCUUCCAGGAGAGAAGAUGGGGAUGCGGCGGUGGCGGCGUGGUCACCGACUGUGGAGUCCGUGACGUGGCCGGGAAGCCCGGUGAGCAUGGAUCUCGAUGAAGACUCGGAAGGGUGUGAGGACGAGGCGGACGUGAGGGUCACGGGGUCGGAGGUCAAAGGAGGAGGAUGGGGUGACUUGAUGGAGCAGCGAUGCGAUGCGACUCUGGCAAGCAGUUCAGUCGUUCACGCUCGCCACAUUGCCAAGCCCAGCAAGACCGACCUCCCUUGGGCAGGCUGGAUCUGUUCCCAGCCAGACGCAAGCGGGCGUCUGGGUUGGCAUCCGUCCUCUGUGGAGCUACCACCGCCACACCCCAUCGGCGACGUUCCGCCAGAGACCACCUGCCUGCGCUUUCCACACACCGAACAGCCCUCGCCUCAACUCGUCAGUACCGCCCGGCCGGAUUAUAUCACCGCCUGCCAAGUUGUGCCCGUCGGUAUCGGCGCCGGCUCUCUUCCGAGCACACUCCAGCCGGAGGUUGUGCCAGCCGGCCUGAGUUUGGGCCCGGCAACAGCAGUGGCCGGGCAACCGAGCGACACGCAAGCAGUGCCAGGCUUGGUGGACCAGAGAGACGCCUUCUACGUGCAUGGCUCUCCUGCCGACCCUGAGCUGGAGCCAAUUAGGGAAUACCUGCGGCUGCAGAACUGGGAGGAGAUCCAAGACGGGCGACUGGCCGAAUACGAGACUAGUAGCAAACGAGCGCUGGUCGUGAUUAGAAAUAAGGACAUCGGAAGCAUCCUGCACACGAUCCCACGGCUGCUGCAGUUGCGACAAGCGUCGUCCGGCGUGCGCUUCGCCGGCGUGGACGGCCUUGCUGACAUCACGAACCGCUCGUUCCGCAAGCUGCUGCACCUGGGCGGCUUCCUCGUAUCGGAUGACACUGCGCUCAAAGAGGCAGCCAGCGACCCUGGUCUGGUGCAGAAGUUCAUCGGCGUGCUGCGGUCGCUGAACUCGGUGGGCAGUCGGUGGGUGUGGAAGCUGCACGGACGCAUGGUGAAGAACCUCCACACAGCUGGACGGGAGAGCUGCGUGUGGGGUGACGUGCUGUCCUUGGUGCUGGGCGCCGAGCGGCAGCAGCUGGCGGAGUUCCUCCCUCCCCACGCGUGCGACGACGCUUGUAACGCCAGCCUUGGCUUCCUGGGUUGUGCGGUCAGCCUGCAGGCGCUCAGUCCGCAGUGUCGCUACACCGUCUUUCUCACCGGCAACGUGGAAGAGAACGUCAGCAGGUUCCAUAAUGCCGGCAUCGCCGUCAGCACCAUCUCGGACUUCAUCACCAAAUUCCACCAGGGUGCUUUCGAGCCCACCCACCGGCGAAUGGCGAUGGCCGCCGCCAACGUCGCCAAGCAGAGCAAAGAGCGAGAAGCGUGCCUGCAGCACCCGCCUGAGCCCAACGCCAAGACGAAGCUGCUGAACCUUGGCCUACAGCGACCUCCGAUGUCUGUGCCUUCGGAAGAGAGGAAAGACGCCGGGAAGCAGGGCUGGCCGCUCGUGCGGCCGCUACCGCCAAAUCCGUCACAGCCACCGCAACCGCCACAACCGUCGUUACCACCAGCGCAAGAGCGGCAGGGCCAGGUCGCGGCGCCAGCAGCAUUACCCGAUCUCAAAGAAAGCAACCAGACCCGGCCAAAUGUUCCACCGCCCGCUGCCAAACGUGAUCCACAGUCAGAAGGACCCAUGUCGACUGUAGCGGUAUCGGCAGCAUUGGAGGAUCAGAACGUGAGCGGCCAGUUCUGGCCGAACGUCUUGCGACCCGCAGUCAAACCUGACCCGCUGCCGAGAAAAGCGUCUAUGGCGGCGUCAUUGGAUGGGAAGAAAAUGAGCAGUUGGGAGAGUCAACCUGUUGAGCACGACAAUCAGUGGCUGAAAGCACUUACUGCGGAAGAGAAGGAAGCUGACAACCAGAACAGUCCUCUUGUCCCCCCGUCCAUUGAAAAGUGGGAACAGCAGCCGACGCGGCCUGCAUCGGUUGCUCAAGAAGUGAAGAAAGAAAGCGGCUGUAGUUUGAUCUCGGCAAGCUCCGUCCCUUCUUUUAAGCAGCAGCAACAGCAGCAGCAGCAAAUGAGAGUGAAGAACCAGGAAAUAAAAGUGGCCUCUCGGCCCUUGUCGGAUGACGCGACAAAAGUCGGUGCCCAGAGCUGCUCCCUCGUCCACUCAACCACCAUCUGUGGUGAGCGGCAACCCGACCCAGUAACGUCGACAGUAUGUGAUGAGACACCCGUCGUUGUGCCGAGUCCUUCCCCCAUUCCUCGAACACCGCCGCGACCUGAGCAGCAGCUGAAGGCAGCCACGUCGUCGGAUGAGAAGGAUACCGAGGAGCAGAGCAGCACCUUCAUCCGCCAGCCUACCUUCGAUAAAGAACAGCGGCCCGUGGUGGUGUCGUCGAUGCUGCUGGACGAGGAGGAAUAUGGCAGCCGGGGCAGUUGUUUGGUAACGUCGUCCUCGUCCACCCGAGAAGAGGGGCCUGCGGCGGUCACGUCCACAACAUCGGGAGCAAAGAGGGAAGGCAAGCGGAAGUGUUGCUCCUCCACCACCACUCUGUCAGCUCUGAGACAAGAGCUGCAGCCGAGAGUGGAACCUUCUGCAUCAGCGGUGGUAAAGAAAGAAACUGAGCGUAGCAGCUUGGUGGAGCAGCACCAACAGCGCACAAGUGCUUUGAGACCGCCAGGAGAGACGAUAGAAACGCUGCAAGUAGAUGGGACGUACGGAGGCUUGGGCUGGUAUUCCGCCUCAGAAAAAGCUGCAGCACCAGUGCCCUUGGAAAAGAGGGAAGACGACGAAACUAGCUCCUCUGCCAUCCAUCUGUCCACCGAUGAGAACCAGCAGCGGCAGGCCACGGUGGUCUUGCCGCCAUCGCCUCUAAGAGCGGAGAAAAAAAGCGGCCAGAGCUCGCCCCGUGCCCACUCGCGUGCCGGAAAGAGUGAGCGACUUCCCAAUUCAGCUGCGUCGACACUGACCGGAGAGGUGGACGACGAUGGUAGCCAGGUAGGGCGUUUUGUCUCACCGCCUGUAACCCCUCGCGAGCAGCAGAUUGGAGCAGCUGCUUCGGUGGUUUUGGCAGAGACGAAGAGAGAAGAAAAACAGAGGUGUAUUCUUGUCCCGCAGCAGUCACAACAGCAGCGGCAGUAUUUCAAGUCUCCGCCAUUGGUAGAGAAGAAGGAAAGAAAGCGUAAGUGGGCGUCUGUUUUGUCUUCCAGUUACAAACAAGAGCAGCAGCAGUUGAGUCUAGUUUCGUCAAAGUCGAUGGAAGAAAAGGUGGAUGGCAGACAAAGUAAAGCACCCCUCCUGCCGCUGUCCACCGUCAGCAUAGAACUGCAGCCCAAAACAGCAGCCUUGGCGGCGUUCGAGAAGAGGGAUGCUUCCCAAAGGAGGUGUCCCAUCCUGCAGUUCGCCAUUCACGAAGACGGGCAGCAGCUUCCGGAGCAGAAGACGGAGAGCGGCUGCACGGCAGGAACCGAGCAUCUGCCCCGAGUGGCGGUGUGCAUGUCGCCUGAAGAGAAGGGGAAAACGCAAAGGGGUUCAUCCGUCGCUAUGCACGAAGAGUGCCUGGCAGUGGUGACACCCGCGUCGAGCCAGCUGUGGGCAGAGAAGCCCAGCAGCACCCAGAACUUUUCUUAUGCGCUCUCGUCGUCGAUUUCAGAGCACGGGCAACAGUCGAAGCCGUCCCCGCAGAUGACGUUCGAAGACGAUGAAGAAACCGGCAGCCAACAGAGGCAGCUCUUCCUCCCCAGGCAUGAUAGGCAGCCCAGUCUUGCCGCCCCAGCACCGCCGGUAGAUAAGAAAGAUAAUAAAGACUCUCGCCAUAGCCGGCUCGCUACCUCUGUGCACGAGCGGCCGCCAGCAGCUGAGGCGGCAGUGUCAUCGUCUCCCUACGACAAGCGCGAAAGCGGCGAGACUUGGAUCCCUGUCGCCCCACAGCAAUCUUCAAGGAAGGAGCAGCAGCAAAAGCCAGAAGCGCUGGCGGCAGUGAUGGUGGCGGCGCCGCAAUUGGAGGCGGGGAAGCACAACGGCCAGGGCAAUGCCACCCACGAUAGCCUUUGUCCCAGUAUCCCAAUCUCACAGGAGGGCAACCAUGACCUCGCGGGUGACCUCGCCGGCGGCAGAAAACAUGGACCGGCGACUCCACCGGAUGAGCGGGCCGAGUGCAAGAGGCGGAGGACAGACGUUGGAGAGCCGCCCGGACCGCCGCCACGCGACACCAAGGCGGAGUCCGACGGGAAACGUGAUGAUGAUGGCGUAAGCGAUACCCCCGAUGAGAGGAAGCAGUGUGAUGAGAAAAGGGCAAUUAGCGAUCUCCCCACUCCUCCCGCUGUGUUGCAUUUACGUGUUUCAUCAUUUUCUUCAUCUGGCGACAAUGCGAAAGGUCAACGGGGUGCGUUGCUCCUUCAAGGAGAUGGGCAGGUUAGAGUCGGGGGGUUGCCUGACCGGUCCAGGCUGACGGUUCACCCGUCUUGCCAGAGUGAGCGCAAGAAGAACAUUUUGAAGCCGCUGUCGCUCUGGGAGGAGAUAAAGUUGCGACACAAGCAGGGCAACCAACACACGGCGGGAAUGGCGACGGCAGCGGUGGCAGCGCAUGGCAGGGAGAAGCCAGGCAGGGCCGACGGCUUGACGGAGAAGUCAAAGAUGGGGGCAGCGGAAAUGCUAUCGCCGCCCGCGUUCCACCGGGACGGCUGCACGGAGAAGCGCGCGGAGACACCGAGCGGAGAUCAGCAGCAAUGGAAGACUCCCCCAGAGAGGAUGAGGAUCACGAAGAGCAGUGCGGAGGAAGAGUCGGAGAGGAGGAGGAGACGUUCUCCGGGUCGAGACGACUCUUUGGACCGUGGUCUGCAUUCGUCGCAAGCACCACACACACAGCCCUGGUGCCAGACAGGAGACCCAGAGCAGAAUAACAAGGACUCCAGCACCACUGACGCCACAUCCGCCAGUGCCAGCAGCAGGUGCCCAACUGAGGAGUCAGGCAGCACCAUAAAGCAGCAGCACCUCCCGACCACCAGCACCACCGCAAUGACAGUCCUCCCUGCCCAGCCGAAAAUACCGCCACAGCCGCCGCUCCCACCCAGCAGCCCCCCUCCUCCGCCACCAGAACUGCCGCCACCACCACCACCACCAGAGUGCCCACCCUCUAAAUCGCUGCCACCGCCAAGGCAACCGUCUGAUUGCGCACUGCAGCCUCUUCUGCCGCCGCCACUGCCACCGCUAUUCCUGUCACAGGCAUUGCACCAGGGGGUGCAGCCGUGCCUCUCGCGACCUGGGUUCGUGCUGCCACCUCCUCCCUGCGCGACGGUGCCGCCCCCUUCUUGCCCGAUAGCGCCACCCCAGUUCGGGAUGAUGCCGCCCCCUUCCUGCCCGACUGUGCCACCCCCUUCCUGCCCGACUAUGCCGCCCCCUUCCUGCCGGACUCUUCCGCCGCCUUGUCCGACCGUCCACCCAAAUAGCCCUCCGCCUGUUCAACCGCCUCCGUGGAUGUUUGUGGGGUCGACUGGCACCCUUCCAGGCCCAACGGCAACUGCCCGACCGCCACAGGCCAGCCCAGCACAGACGUACCAGCAGCCGUACCACUAUUUGCCACACUACAGCGGGCCUUGGCAGCCACCCUCUUAAGUUGGCCCCGAAUAUUUUCCAUGUGGAUUGUGGUGUGCUGAGUGCAGAAAUAUUCUCUGGGGUCAGCUUCCCACAUAUGUGAUGGUGCAGCCCUGCAAUUUCUUCCCUGCUUCACGACUGGCAGCAGAAAGGCCCUCUGCAAGAGGAAGCUCUCAGGAAGCUACCUUGAGAGGAUAGUUGGCCUCUUCUACACUGGCCAGUAUUCUUGGAAGAGGUGGAAGUACCGACAAUUUGCUCCACCGUGUGCGGGCGGCCCUGCUGAUGGAUUUAGCUGUGAACUGACCUGGUUGAAAUUAUGCCCUGGGCAUGAAUAAUCUUCAGGCUGGGUCAGGUAUUGCAUCUGAAACUGUAAAGCACAGUUUUUUUGCAUCUCUCAGCGCAUUUCCGGCUUACAAUUUAUCCAGCACUGUCUCGGAUGUGGCAGUUUUGCCGUGAUAAGUCGAUUUUUGUUGAACCGGUUUUUGUGCGAUGAGCUCACGCUGUGCGUCUCCACUGUGGAAACAUGGGCAGUUCAAAGUCAUGAUGCACCAUUUCAAAGUGUUGUCUGGAGAUUUACUGCCUUUUUCCAAUAAAAGUUGGGCUGUGUUUAAGUGCAUGUCUGUAAUAACGUCCGAUAAAGUCUGAUUAAAAAAAUCUGUUCGGCAAAAAAAUCUGAAGUAUUUCGCCAAUUAGCCACCACACUUGAAUUAAGCGCUCAUGGCGAAAUUUGCUCCCAAUCGUUUGUAUUCUGUCAAUAACGUACGUUUCGAAUGCGCCAAAAGUAUAACAAACAUCUCGGAAAUCGAGGUGCGGCGUUUGUCGGCGAGUUUUUUUUACCUCUAACCUUUUGUCAAGUGGUGCACUCUGCGACGGAUGCACGGUGGUGGGGAGAAAGGGGGGAUUGAACAUUCAUUGAGCCGGAAGUAUUGGUGUUUUGCGGUUUGGUCCAUGAAAUGUGUUAUGUUCGUGCGGCUGAUCAAUGUUCAAGCCGAGACACCAAACUAACAACACCAAAAGCAUAUUUUCAGACCGUGUAGAUAAUGUGCCAGGCACACGCACCCCAAAUUGUUGGUGGUGCUGAACGAAAGUAAAGUUAAUUGACGACAGUAACGUCAUGGAUAUCAGUAAUCUUACCCAACGGUGUGCAUGUGUAAAUAAACUAAGUGCGAGAAAACGAAA